AAGUUUUCAUUUUUCUUUUCAUUUUCUUUCUUUUUUGUGUGUGUUUAAUUCUAGAAGUUGCUCUAAAAUCCCUUUGCCAAUUUGUUUGUAGUUAUAGCAAUUCUUUGUUGUUUGAUGAACUGAUGAACAUCCAAAUUCCCCCUGGAAAUUGUUGCUUUUUCUAGCUUUGUUUUGAGAAUCACCCUUUUAUCAUGGUGAUUUCUGGGUUUUCUUGAGAUUCUGGCGAAGUCUUGAUUUUUUCCACUGUUCUUGCUUUUGAGUCAAGUAAUGGGUGAUUUAGAUUAGCCAUGAUCUGAGCUUAAUUAGGGAGUUUUUGUUUGUAAUGCGAUCUGUGUGCUCUUUUCUAGCUUUUGACUGAAUAGAUUUAGAGACAAGGAAAUAGAACAAGUAGGAAGCAAAAAAAAAAAAUUAAUUCAGGGUUUGCAGGGAUAUUAUUUAGGACUGGAUUGGUAUUGAUUUCAUUUAUAGUUUUCUGUUACUUGUACUUUUCUUAAGCUCAUGAGUUGUAGAGAUUUUUAUUUAUACGUUUUGAUGGUUUUUCUGUUGUUGAUUGGGGGGGUUUUCUUUCUCUACUUAUAUGGAUGUUGAACUAUUAUCUCUUGUUUGCAUUCAUAUUCAUUAAAGAAUUAUAUAAUGAAAUGAAGUGUAGCUUAGUCUUAGUGAAUUCAGUUUCUUGGCCUUUUGAAUUAGUCAUAGAGUUAUAUUUUUUAACGUGGUAAUCCUUGACUAACUAAGUUCAAAAGAUUUUUAUGUUAUUUAUUAAAUUAUUUUCCUAACAGAAAGAAAAGAAGAGAGAAAAAGAACCCUAUUGGUGGAAGUUGGAAAUGGAAAAAGAUUUAAGUUACCUUGUCCCUAAAAAUAGUAGUUUUGGUUAAAAUGAUUUCAUUUCCAGUUAAAAGUAUCAUUUCUUUUUAAAUUGCCAUAUUCUUCCUAAAGUUUCUAUAAAUGGAAUUUUCAGAUCAAACUAAAACAAGCCCAUUCUUAAUUAGGAGUAAAGUUUCUCUUUUUCUUUUUAGCAACCAUUCUCUCUUUUGUUGUGCAACUGCUUCUCCAAGUUACAGCCAUCUUAAUGGAUGAUACCUCCACAAGGAUAAAGUUCAUUCCAGAUCACUUUCAAGUUUCACCUUCCAAUUCAGACUGUUCUGAAAAUAGUACCCCAUCCUCAUCCACAGAACACCCAAGAGUAAACGAUUCAUCGAGGAUAGGUCACAUGACCAUUCUUGGACUCGACGAAAACUAAGAAGUGCUGCAUUCAUGUUGAACUUGCUUAGUCUCCGGCGACUGUCGUGGGGUUCGGGGAGUGAUGGUCAAGAAAAGGUUGUGCUGAGUGCUGUGGAAUUAGCGACAUUGCGGUCCGAGAUUGCUGAUCUUGAAGAGCGGGAAGCUCACCUAAAAGCUCAGUUGGAACACAUUGAUGAACUUUUGCGAUCUGCUCGUCUUUCGGGCUAUUUGUACAUUCGAACUAGGUGGGAAGCCCUACCAGGAGAACCUCCACCUAUCGAUGAUACCGAUGUUGACGAUUGGCUACCCCGCUUUGUUGUGUUACAUGGAAAGUGUAUAUAUUUCUACUUAUCAUCUACAGAUAUUAGCCCUCAGGAUUCCACCCUUCUAUCUGACAUCGUUGAAGUGGGUUCUCUGCCGAGCAUUACACGCGAAGAUGAAGAUGUGAGUUAUGCAUUCUACAUUUCAACUCGUCAAGGGCUGCGUUACGAAUGCUCGAGUAUUUCCAAGAUUCAGGUGGACUCUUGGUUAUUGGCUUUGCAGGAUGAUUGCAAGAUAGGAUGUGGAAAUGAAACUUCUAGUUCAAAUAAUGGAAGUAUUAAUUUGAAGUAAUUAAGUAUGGUUAACACAUUUUUAGCAGAAAUUUGUGCAGAAGACUUUCUUUUUCUUUUUUUCCCCAUUUCUUUUUGUACAUAAUAUUGUUUCAUAUGAAUUUGGAAUUUAUCUUAAAUUUAAACAAUCAUAUAAGAUUUGGAGGAUUUACUCUACUCCCAAAUGUCAUUCAUAAAA